GAGGUGGCGCUGUUGAGCGGCGAAUGUAUACUUCAACAGGAUACCGGCGAGGAGCAGCAAACUGAAAGCAAUCUUCCCAGCUUGAGUAAAAGUACGUCAACUUAUACCCUUCGACUUAAGGAUAUAUCGGGUGGCGUGAGAAAAUGUCUCGCAGAUAUGAUUCCCGGACAACUAUAUUUUCUCCUGAAGGGCGGCUUUAUCAGGUGGAAUAUGCAAUGGAAGCCAUUGGUCAUGCUGGAACAUGCCUGGGGAUUCUAGCAAAUGAUGGAGUUCUAUUAGCAGCAGAGAGACGCAACAUCCACAAGCUGCUCGACGAAGUUUUCUUCUCUGAGAAGAUUUACAAGCUCAAUGAAGACAUGGCUUGCAGUGUAGCAGGGAUCACGUCAGAUGCUAAUGUGCUGACAAAUGAGCUGCGGCUAAUUGCUCAGAGGUAUUUAUUGCAGUAUCAGGAGCCAAUACCAUGUGAGCAGCUGGUCACAGCCCUGUGCGACAUAAAGCAAGCAUACACACAGUUUGGAGGCAAGAGACCAUUUGGUGUUUCUCUGCUUUACAUGGGCUGGGACAAACAUUAUGGCUUCCAGUUGUACCAGAGUGACCCCAGUGGCAACUAUGGAGGCUGGAAGGCAACCUGUAUUGGCAACAACAGCGCUGCUGCAGUGUCCAUGUUGAAGCAGGACUACAAAGAAGGAGAGAUGACCCUCUCUUCUGCCCUGGCAUUGGCCGUUAAAGUCCUCAACAAAACAAUGGAUGUCAGCAAGCUCUCAGCAGAGAAAGUGGAGAUUGCCACCUUGACACGGGAAGAUGGAAAAACAAAAAUUAAGGUGCUGAAACAGAAAGAGGUAGAGGAACUCAUCAAGCGGCAUGAGGCUGAGGAAGCCAAGGCUGAAAAAGACAAAAAGGAGAAGGAGCAGAAAGAGAAGGACAAAUAAGAAAAAAUAUUUUUUCCCACCUGUUGUCAGAAAAUCCUGUAUUGUUUUGUCUUUUUCAAUAAACACUUAGAAACUAA